ACAAUUGGUUGGAAUGAAAGUGUUUUAAGUUAUAGAACCGCUUAUUAAUGACAAAUUAUUGAAAAAAUUCUUACAUUUCUUACUAUUAUUAACUAUGUAGACUGAUAGAAAUUUUACUUGAACUUGAACCCAGAAAGUCAAUUAAAAUUUUCGUCAAAAAAAAAAACAGCAGCGAAAGACGCAUUAAAAAUGCGAUUGUUGAUUAGAAAUAAAAAACUGUUUUUUUUAUUUAUUAUUUUUGCUUUUAUUUGUAUCAUCUUUAUAAACUUGAAUAGUAUGGUUAAUUAUAACAACAGUUACCGUGGAUACUAUAAAAAUCAUCGUGAAUACAUAAAAGAUGAUCAUGAGAAUAAAAAUUAUCAACUUAAAGAUAAUUUGAUACUUCACAUUAAAACUAUAGAACAAAUACAAAAAAAUCGUUACGGUACAAGUACAUGUGUAUUACCGUAUCUCAAUCCAUUUAGCCCUGAUAUAUUGCAAUUUAUUCAAACACCUCACCUUAGUUGCUCGGUGAAACGUUAUGGAAGAAUUACAAAUGAUGGCUGGUUCAUUUUACAAUCAAAUAAUGCAAGUGUUUCCACAAUUACUAUAAAGUAUAUUUAUCGCAAGACAGAUUUUAUUGUAAAUUUUUCAGAUGCUAUCUUAGUUAAAAUCGAAAACGGUGUCUUCAAACAUAAAUUAGAAGAUGACUUCAUCCAAGUUGAACACAGCGUUGAAGGUUUUCAUCAUACGGAAUUUCAUGCUCAUAUAAGUAAUCGUUCACAAAAUACUUUAAGAAAAAAUGCAUGGAAAAGACAGGAUGUUAAAGGUUUAGGAUUAGACAUUGUUCUUCUAAUGAUAGAUUCUCAAUCUAAUGCAAACUUUCAUCGUCAGUUGAAUAAAAGUAUGCCGCAGCUUUUAAGUGAUGAAAAUACUAUUAUCUUAAAAGGACACACUAUAAUUGGUGAUGGUACAACUGCACAGCUUGCUGGAAUUCUAAUAGGUGAACAUGAAAAAGACCUUCCAGAAGCAAGACGAAGUUUUACGUCAUCUGGUACUUGUGAUAAGUUUAAUUUUAUAUUCAAUGAUUUUCAUAAAGCUGGCUUUAUUACUAUGCUUAGUGAAGAUUUUCCACAAAAAGGUGCGUUCCAUUAUCGCUUAAAUGGCUUUAUUAACGAACCUACGUCAUGGUACCUACGUCCAUUUUGGUUAGCACAAACACCAUCACCUAAAUGCGACGUUGAAUAUAACAACAUACUUCUCAAAACGUUUACAGAAACAUUUGAAGAUAUACCGAAACUUUCUUUAGUUAUAAACUCUGAAAUUGCGCACGGUAAUAUUAACAAUUUAAAACUAAUUGACAACGAUAUAUUAGAAAUUAUAAAUUAUUUUAAAAUGCCUGAAAGAAUCAAUCACACAAUUCUUAUAAUUUUUGGAGAUCAUGGUGAACGAGUAAGUGAAUUCCGUUUGACUACUCAAGGUAAACUAGAAGAAAGAUUGCCUUUUUUUUCAAUCACACUACCUGUAAAUUUUAAAGAAAAAUAUUCAAAUUUAUUUACAGCUUUGAAAAAAAACUCAAACAUUUUAACCACUCACUUUGAUGUUUAUGCAACAUUGCAACAUAUGAUAAGUUAUCCCGAUUUUCCAGAAAAAAAGUUUAUUGGACAAAGUUUAUUUACUGAAAUUAAUCCAGAACUACGAACUUGUACAAAUUCUGGCGUUGCUGAUCAUUGGUGUCCUUGUUUAAAUUAUAAAAACGUCCCAGUAACAGAUGCAAAAGUAGAAAAAGUUGCAAAAGCAAUUAUCGAUUUUAUAAAUAAAUUGGUUAGCAAAAACGAAAAGGCAGCCAGACUGUGCAAAUUUAACAUUAAAUAUUAUUAUAUCAUCAGGUAUAAAAACUCUUAAAAAUGAAGUCAAAAAUUUUAAAAAAACUGAAAGAAACAAAGAGUGUGAUUCAUGUGGAGUUGUUUACGAUACCUCAAGUGCUGCAAAAGAGUAUUAUGAAGUUGUUUUUACAGUAAACCCUAGUAAUGGAACAUUUGAAGCAAAUGCUGAUGUUUUACCUGAUAAUACAAUAAUUGUCGAUGAAAAUAUCAGCAGAACUAAUCGCUAUGAAAACCAACCUUACUGUAUUAUGAAUGAGUUUCCUCAUCUACGUCCCUACUGUUAUUGCACAUAACACAAGUAGUUAUCUUUAUUUGACAUGCAAGUAGUAUUUCUAAUCAAAUUAAUUUUAAGCUUUUCGAUUUCAGCUUUAGAAAAAAUUAAAAAAUUUAAUGUAAUUUUUUGUUUUGAAAAGUGACAGCUAGGCAUUUCCUAGUUGGA